CUUCAAGCACCAACAGUAGAAAUAUAAACUGACCUGGACAAACGUUCCUCAACAAACGCCGGUACCGUUCCGUGUAAAGCCCCUAACUGCAACGCAUCAUGGCUAAUGUGGACAUACAGAACAUGUGGGAGCGACACGCAGCACGGAGGACGUUUCCUCUUCUCGCCCGCACUAAGGUUUGUCGUAAUCUCUUCGGACCCGUGGAUCACGAAGAGCUGAACUGCGAAAUGAAGCGGAGACUGCAGGAAAUCUCGGAACGGGACCAAAGCCGCUGGAACUUCAACUUCGAGGAGAACGUGCCGUUGCCUGGACAUUACGAGUGGGAGGAAAUAGCAGUGAACACCGUUCCAUCUUUCUAUAAGGAGUCGGUGCGUAACGGGAAAGCGCUUACUGCUAACGCGAAAGACACCGAGUCCAGCACGGAGAUUGGAUGUAAAAAUGAAGCACAGACUUCCGCUGAAGCUCCGAGUCCAUCUGCAGAGGUGAAUCAGGAAAACCGCUCCGGAGCGCUGAACGCCCGAGAUCAUGUCACUCCUCUGUGUCGGAGAAGAAAGAAAGCCUCUGUGCCAGAGACUCUGAGAAACAGCACUACGCACAUUACCGACUUCUUCCCCAGGAGAAAGCGUAUCUUUGACUCUAAGGCUGCUGAGCGCACAUCCCAGUCCAGCACAUCCCAGUCCAGCACAUCCCAGUCCAUCCCUGCUGAAGUCACUCCACGCAAAAGAAUGAGAUGAUGCUUUGCACUGAGAAAUACAGAAGUCCAGUGUUUUAUCUGCUGAGCGGAUGAAGGACACAGAAGGAGGAUUUCUGAAGACUUUUUGUUUUAUUUGUCUCUCUGAUCAAUGUAGCAAUACUGACUCUACCAGAACGGACUUGGUUGCAGUGUUACAACGUCUGAACGGUGCAAUUCUAUUAUUGUUAUUAUUAUUAUUAUUAUUACUGUUAUUUUAAUUUUAUUAUUAUUAUUUCUACUUGACGUUUUCUUUUGUAAAUUGAUUUUGUAGCCUACAUUGUUUCCUGUAGAAUUUAGCAACUGAAUUUGUGUGUAUUUGUGGAAAAAUAUACUACUAACUUAUGUUUUAUUUAUGAUUCAUGAUAGUGUCACGAUUUUAUUUACAGCUAUUGUUUAUUUACUGCAAUAUUUUAUGUUUUAUUUAAGUUUGUUGGAUGACGUUACGAUGCAAAUAAUGUUUCUGAGCCGCUUCUUUAAUAUAUAUGUAUAUAUUAGGUUUGAACAAUUGAAUGAACACACAAAAAAAUAAAUUAUAUUUUUGUUUA